AUCUCACUUGCCCAAAAACAUCCAAGACAAAAACCCUUCACACCCUAGGAAUUGACACACUACCAGUUCGAUUUUCGAAUAUCAGCUUUUGCUCACACGGUCUGUUGCAGGUGCACGAAUCGCCACCGUUACCAAUGUCGUGGUUAAGAUCUGCCGUCAACAAGGCCGUGGAGGUCGGGAACAAGAACAACCUUACUCGCACCGUCAAGAAUUACGCCGAUACUGUGGUCCAACAUGCCGGUCAAGCGGUUGCCGAGGGCGCUAAAAUCUUCCAGGACCGUAUCGGGGCUCGAAGUUUUAAAAGCUUUAAGCAUACUGUUAAGAGGUUGGAAGAAGCAUCUAUUUCUGCCAGAGGUCCAGAAAGGAUACACUUGAUGAGAAGAUGGCUUGCUGCUCUGAGAGAAACCGAUAAACUUUCAAGGGGUUCUUUGGAAGAUGAUGAGAAGAAUCAUGAACCACAUCUUCCUUCCGAAGAAAUAAAGGACAACCUGAAAAAGCCAUCUCUGGUUCUGUAUUAUGACUCUGAUAUGGUGGGGGAUCCAAUGAAUUUUCGUGAUGUUUUUCUCUAUAGUCAAGCUUUGGAGGGUAUUACAAUAUCUAUGAUUCUUGAACCACCAAGUGAGGAAGAGGUUUCUCUGCUUCUGGAAUUUUUUAGUUGCUGCCUUACUGGAGGAAAAGAAGUUCAUAAUGCCAUAGUCAGCAGCAUCCAGGAUUUGGCAAAAGCUUUUUCAGGCUACGAAGAUGAAGUUUUGGUCAAGCGUGAGGAGUUGUUGCAGUUUGCACAAGGUGCCAUUACUGGGUUGAAAAUCAAUGCGGAGCUUCGAAGAAUUGAUGCUGAAGCCUCUGUGCUCAAGGAAAAGCUUGAUGGAAUGGAAGCAUCUGGGGAUAAUAUUGGCGAUGGGUAUGAAAAAGCCUCCAAAGAAGCAACGAUUGCUACAAUAGAGGCUCUGAAGAAGGCUCUGGCCCAUAUUCGAGUUUGUUCUAGAUUAGAAGGGCUUCUACUGAAAAAGAAGUUGCUUUAUGGUGGGGAAACUCCUGAGAUCCAUGCUCAAAAGGUGGAUAAGUUGAAAGUGUUAUCUGACUCUCUUGUUAGCUCCUCCAGUAAAGCUGAGAAACGUAUUUCUGAUAACAGAGUUCAGAAAGAGGAGGCAUUAAAUUUCCGCGUCUCUAAAGCAAGUGAAGUUGGUGAAAUAGAGAAGGAAUUGGCUGCUGAGGUUGCAGGUCUUGAGAAACAGAGAAAUGACCUUGAAGCUGAACUAAAAAGGGUCAACAUCUCACUGGCAGCUGCCAAUGGACGGCUUCAGAAUGUUAGGGAAGAGAGGGAUCAGUUUUACGAAGCUAAUGAUCAGCUUGUUGCACACUUGAAAACAAAGGAAGAUGAGCUAGUAAAAUCCAUUGGCUCCUGUAAGCAAGAAGUGAAUGUUCUGAAUACUUGGGUCAAUUUCUUAGAAGAUACCUGGGUUCUUCAACGUGCUAAUACAGAGACUAAGGAGAAACAGAUCAGUGAUGAAUUGGCAAAACAUGAGAGCUAUUUUGUGAACUUGGUCACUGAACUUCUUACGACUUAUGAGGAAGGAUUGAAGCCUUCGGUUGACCGUAUUGAGAAAUACGUUGAGAACUUGAACAGCUUAAAAGAAGGGUCAGAUCCACCAUCCAGGGUGGACAAAGAAGAUUCCAAAGUAAUAAACCCUCGAAGAAGUCUUGAGGAAGAAUAUCUGGACUAUGAAGAGAAGAUUGUCACGACCUUCAGUGUGGUGGAUAACAUGAAAGAGCAGUUCUAUGCUCAACAGGGAAAAACUUCCAGGAAAGAAAAUGCCAGAAUCAAAGAACUUUUUGAAAGUAUAGAAAAAUUAAGGCUAAAGUUUGAUUCAAUUGAGAGGCCAAAUCUAGAAAUGGAGAAUCCCGAUCAAGAAGAGGAGACACCAGAGACUGAAACAAACACCAAGCCAGCAGAAAGUCAAGCACAUGCAAAGGAAAAGGCUGCUGCGAAACCUGAAACCGAAACCCAAAAAAACGAGCACCGAGUGAAGUCGCCGGGUGCAAAAGGUGAUCAGGGUCACGGGCUGGACCCUGAAGCAGAACUAGCCAAGCUUGAGUCAGAGUUUGGUAAAGUUAAUCGUGAGUACACAGAGGAAGAGAUAGGAGACUGGGAGUUCGAUGAGCUGGAAAAGGAACUAAGCAAAUAGGUAAAAAAAAAGAAAGAUGUUUUAGGUACAAUAAAUGAAUAAAUUAUAUAGGACUAAAGAAGAAAAAUGGGUUUUCGUGUACAUAAUUUGGAAGUGCGGAUGAUUUGAUUUAUGUGCUGCAUCUGUUCCAUG